GUUGCUUACAAACCGCCAACAAACGAGAAAGAAGAAGAAGACUAGUUCGCCUGUAGCCAACAGACAUUGAAUAAUCGCAUUUCUUUUCAUUGUACAAUUACGUACAUAUUAUGAUUAUACUAGCUAAGGCCUUGAUAAAAACUCGCAGCUUAAUCAGGGAGAAUAUUAAAACCCGUUCUAAAAUAGAGUUGUUUGCUAACGUUAGCUUAGCUAGCAGCUGCUAGCUUCAAUGGCAGCCUCCACUACUCCUCUUGUCUCUACUUCUACAUUAAGUCAGAAGCAGCGAAGAGUUGCACAGAGGAAGGAGAGAAGAAGACGCAAACGACAAGCUCUUGCUCAAGCCAGAGAAUGUGAAUUGAAAAAUGACGCUGAAGAAGAGGGUGAGGUGAAUGAAGGAGAUAGUGAGGGGGACAAGGCUGCUGAGGAUGAAAGACAGCGACAACAUGAAGAGUGGCUGGAAAGAGAGAGGCUGGCUCAGGAGGAAUUCAGGCUGAGGACAGAGAGGGAGGAAGCUGCAAGGAAAAGAAAAGAGGAGGAGGAGCGAAUGAUAAGGGAGGAAUGGGAGGCCCAACAGAGGAGAGAAGAAGAGGAAAAGGAGCAGAAGCAGCGGGAGAAGCGCGACAGAGAGGAGGCCGUUCAGAAAAGGUUGGAUGAAGCCGAGAAUCAGCUGGAAAAUGGAGGACCGUGGAUGAAUCCCGAGGCUCCGGCAAUGACGAACUCGGAAAACUUCGGAACAGAGCGAGACGUUGCCAACUGCCCUUUUUUCCUGAAGACGGGAGCAUGCCGAUUUGGAGACAGGUGUUCUCGGAAGCACAUCUAUCCGACUUCCAGCCCGACCCUGCUGGUCCGCGGUAUGUUCAAGACGUUUGGGAUGGAGGAGUCGCGGCGGGACGAUUACGACAUGGAUGCCUGUUUGGAGCACAGCGAGGAGGAGCUGCUGGAGUCUUUCCUCGAGUUUUACCACGACGUUCUGCCGGAGUUCAAGAGCAUCGGCAAAGUGGUGCAGUUCAAGGUCUGCUGCAAUCAUGAACCACAUCUGAGAGGGAAUGUUUACGUUCAGUUUGACACAGAGGAGCUGUGCAAAGAGGCCUUUGUGAAGUUCAAUGGGAGGUGGUAUGCAGGCCGGCAGCUUCAGUGUGAGAUCUGUCCUGUUACACGGUGGAAGAACGCCAUAUGUGGACUGUUUGACAGACAGAAGUGCCCUAAAGGCAAAAACUGUAACUUUCUGCACGUAUUUCGAAACCCGAGCAACGAAUUCUGGGAGGCCGACAGGGACCUCCAGAUGUCCCCCGAUCGCAGCAUCAGGGGGAGUCGCAGGGCCGAGUGGCAUUCGGAGCGCCACAGGGAGCGACCGUGGAGGCAGCGCCGCUGCAGCCGGAGCCCGGCAAGAUCAGAGCGAUCCCACAGACGGUGGGAGGACGACCGGGAGAGGAGCAGGAGCAGAGAGAGGAGGACGUCCCACCAGCGCAGAGAAGACAGGUGGUCUUCUAGAUCGCGACACAGCGACAGGAGGACGGACCGGCGCCGGAGCAGGAGUAGGAGCAAGAGUAGGGACAGAUCAAGGAGCAGAAGCAGAGACAGAGAGCAGCGUAGAGAUAAAGAGGGGGAGAAUAAAUACAGAGACAGAGGUGAUGUCGGCGAACCUCAAAGAGAAACGAGGGAGAGAUCAAGAAGCACAAGUAGAGAAAGAAAGAGACACAAAGAAAGCAGAGAAAGAAGCCCAAAGAUAUCAGAGAAAAGUCUUUCUGAUGGUACAAAACCCCACCGUCAUCACAAACGCUCCAAAAAAAGCAAGAAGAGCAAAAAGAAACACAAAAAGAAAAGGCUCUCAUCUGAAAAGACACAUUCCUCCACGGAAUCUGGAAGUGAGAAAGACUCAGAAGAAGAGACUUCAACACAAAGUCUGAGUGGAGGCCUUAAAGAAGAAGAAGAGGGAACUCAGGAAAAAUGUGCUGGUCAGAACGAUUUGGAUUCGGAGGUGAAAAUCGAGGCCUCUGCUGAAAUCAAGACUGAACCGACAGAAAACGGGGACAUUUCUUAAUUUCGUCUUUAAAAUCAGUCAUUCACUGCUAGCAUCAUCAGAAUAAGUAGUGUAAACAUCAAUACCGUAAACAUUUCAUGGAUGCUUCAUGGAUUAAGUAAUAUCUUUCUGGUGAAGGCUUUUUACAGACUCUGUGUUGUUCAGAUUAUGUUAUGAAAUGGUCAAAUAUAUUUCAUAACACAAUUCAGACAGCUUUUUAAGCGCGGCUUAGCUCGUAGACACGUGAAUAACUUGGAUACAUUUUAAAAUAAAUGCUUGGUAUUGGGAUUUGAAGCACUUCCUGGCUCUUCAGUAGAAAGAAAAACAUCAGAAUUGGUUGUCCUUGAAUACAUUUAUUGUUUCAGAUUUAAGAAAAACUGUUGGCAGUGUUAAAUAUAAAACAAGUCAUUCAGCUCAAAUCAAGGAUGGUUUUGUUCAAAUAAUGGGGUUGAGACUGCAGAAAAGAAACACGCAUUGGCUAAGAUGAGCAUCCAUCUUGUUCUUCUGCAUUAAACACCUGUUUGGAUAUCUUUGCAUCUCGUAUGCUCAUAAUUACUAUUCCACAAAGUUUACGUAGUUGUGAGAUAGGAAUAUAAAAUACAGUCAUCUGUAAUCAAAUAGUGCCCACAUACUUUGUUAGAGGUCCCUUUUUUAUGGCAUUCUCUUUUAGACGCCAUUAAGAAGGUUAAACACAGUGUUCUUUGGUCACAGGUGAGUCGAAGAACGAACCAAACCUUUUAUCAGUGGUUAUGAAGCUGUUAUUUUUAAGUCACUAUCCUGUCCUGAAGACUUGGAGAAGAGACCCAGUGAAGAUUGAUC